CUGAAGUAACCCAGAUAAUGUACACGGCUAACACUCUUGCAUGACUGUGGGGACAGGAAACAUCUGUUCAACUGAGACCAGUAUCUACCAUGGAGCUGAUAACAUGGGUGUUGUUGGGCCUGUUUCUCCUAAUCUCGGGACUGCUCUUAUCCAACAGAAACCCCAAAGAUGAUCGUUUACCUCCUGGCCCCCGGGGGCUACCCUUCAUCGGCUGCCCAUGGGCACUGCUCAGUGAGUUCAACGUCCUUUUCACUAAGUUUGCGGACAAAUGGGGCGACGUGGUUAGCGUAAACAUUCUUGGGGAGACGAUCGUGGUUCUCAGUUCUCCUGGGGUUGUUAGGGAAGCUUUUUCAUCUCAGGCCUUUGGGGAGACGUUUUCCGGACGGGGACCGGCCCCUAGCAUAAAUGACCACGUAGACAAGAUGUCGAGCUUUCUGCAACCCGGACCCACGUGGUCCAAACUGAGGAAAAUAUUGCAUAAAGUAUUGAACCGGCAUGGCGAGAGCCUGCUGGAGACGGAGAAGACGAUCCAAGAGGAGUUAACUCAUGUCAUGAAGGCUUUGGAGAAAGCGGGGCAGCCAGUGAACAUGGACCGAGUUAUCUACUCUUCUUUGUUAAAUAUAAUAACAAUACUGUUGAAGGGCCAACGUUAUGACUAUGACUCUCCCGUUCUGUCAAAUGCCCGCGUUCUGGAUGAAACCGCUGCCCAGACCUGCUCCCCAUCGGUCACACUCCUCUUUCACCUAUUUCCCUUCCUCAAGAUGCUGGACGUCGGCCCGGGCAGACUUGUGCGGGAAAACCAGCGAGCGGAACGACAGUUUGUCCUUGACUAUUUCGAAGAGCCCAAGGCCAGUUAUAACCCUGACGUCACCAGAGGUAUGGUCGAUGUCCUCCUUCGUCAUCAGAAAGAAACCGGAAAUAGUUUGUUGACUGACAACCACAUCAAGGGCACAUUACAAGAAAUGAUUGCUGCUGGAGUGAUGACUACAAGAGGAGCCCUGUAUUCUUUUUUCCUUAUCACCCUUCAUCACCCCGUGGUGAUGGCAGCCAUUCAGAACGAGAUUCAGGCUGUGGUAGGCGAGAGUCGCUUCCCAAAACUAGAGGACAGUUCCCAAAUGCCGUACACCAAUGCCGCUAUAUUAGAAUUGCUGAGGUAUAUCUCGCACGUGCCGGUCGGACUUCCGCACCGGACGACAGACGACGUCAUUUUCCACGGUUACGUCAUACCAAAACACACAACGGUAUUCUGCAAUUUGUGGUAUUUUCACCAUGACGAGAAGGUUUGGGAUAACCCGUGGGAGUUCAAACCUCAAAGAUUUCUGGACGCUGACGGUAAUCUUGUCCCGGCUAACCACCCUAAGAGGAAAAACCUGAUGCCUUUUGGGAAUGGACGACGGUCGUGUGUUGGUGAAUCGUUCGCAAAGUCUCGGCUAUUUCUCUACAUCACGACCUUACUCCAGAAAUUCCAUAUCACGCGAGAUCCCGAGAGACCUCCGCGUUCAUGUGACCCUAGGACUUACAGGCCGGGUAUUGUUCUGUCUCCGUACGAGUAUUGCGUGAAAGUUGUUCCCCGACAUUGACAGGGCAGUGGUGACAGUGUGAUACUUGACAACUGAUCAUACUUAUCACCGGUGAAAUCUGGCUACUUGUCAGUUUAUCUCACGUAAGGGACUAGUUCCAGCUGUUCAUGUGAAUGCCCAGAAAGCUGCAACGUACAUGUACACAUCUCCAAAACCCCAUGGUUUAAGGGAGAAAAAAAACACAAAAGCGAUGCUAGAGAUAAAAGAUUAUGAAAACUUUUCUGCAAAUAUGGCCUUUAGCACUUUCUCCGAUUUUUUCUUUUUUUUCGAAGAGAGUGUUUGAAAAUAUUAUGGAUGGUAGAUAUAUGGGGCCACCUUUUGGUACAUAUUGUCGCUGCAUACUAAUGUUAUAAUAUAUUCCAAGAUGUGGUCCCAAAAACGCACCAUGCAAAAAUCAUUUUUCAAGUGUCAUUUUCUCUUUAAAGAAAUGGAAAUAGACCAUAUUUACAACUAACUUUGGUGGUGCUUGGAAAGGUACUUUCAUGAGUACUUUUAUUUAUAAUUUACAGUACAUGGGAAGGUCUGCAGCAACCUGCGGAUGGUCGUGGAUUUCCCCCGGGCUCUGCCAGGUUUUCACCCACCAUAAAAAAAAAAAAAAAUAUCAUUUACAAUUUAAAGUGCGGCAGUGUUCCGGCACUUAAUUGUUCAUUCUGUUAUCUGAAAAUAUUUUCUGCUUUGUAUUUGUUGUAUUUUUUCAAAGUUUAAUAAAGGU